UAUUACCUACUCUGUACUGUACCCGAUGGCUCAAUAGCGCAAUCGCAAAAGCAUUUUCAUUUUGCAAAUUACAUAGCUACCUAUCUACCUAAGACGCAUGUACAAAAAAAAAGAUUUUAGAGUUGAGUUUACAUGGCCAACGAACUAAAGCCAAUAUCGAUUAUAAAAUAAGACAAAAGUUAUCUGCCUCUCCAAAAUGGGGCUUAUAAUUUUAUUUGUUAUUUGACUUAUAAUAAAUUGAUUAAAAUGUUGGGCAAGGCUGUGUUGUGUUUGUCAACUUUACAUUUUUAUAGUGUAGCCGCACAGGGAGAAUGUACCGACUUACGAGGGCGUACUAUAUCCCAUGGUUUACAUUACGUGCCUGGUCCCGAUACCUGUACACUGUGUGUUUGCGAUAAUGGCUUGCCAAAAGUCUGUAAAGCAGUCCUGUGUUCGCCUCCUCAGGACUGCCGGUCGUUUCGCGUGGGCAACACGUGUUGCGAGUUUAUCUGCCUGGACGACGUGGUGAAGCCAGCGGAGGGCGCGGAGGCGAACGUGCGCGUGGCGGCGGGCGGCGCGGCGGGUGUGGUGCUACUCACGGUGGCGCUGGUCGUGUACCGCGUCCGCAAGCAGAAGCGGCGCCGGCCGCCCCACACUGAUGACCAGAGGAGCUUGACUAGUAUUGGAUAUAUUAGCGGCAGUAUGGGUUACAUGGGAGGGACAUGCGAGACCGCUCUGGCAGCGUGGAAGCCACCAAGUAAUUACCUGCCACGCGGGGAAGCACCACCGCCGUACGACGAGGCCAUGGCCCAGUGCCGACCUGAAGCUAUGAGAAUAAGCAAUGAGACGCCGUUUCAUCGUUCGUAUCCGGCUACCAUGGAGACACUGGUGCGGUCUGAGGACGCCAUCCAGUGCUCUGGUCACAGCUACGUCAAUAUCCCGCGGCCUGUCCAACAGGUAUUGAUCGCGAACACACAAAGCUGCUUCAAUGCCCCAUUGCUGCAGCCAGUACAUGCAUCAGAAGCAAGAGAAUCUAUCCCCAUCCCACAUCAUCCGCUCGCUCCCACUGUGGUAGGGUUCCCGAGCGCGAUCCGGCUGACGGGGUCGCUGGGCGCGAUCAGCAAUCGCGGGCUGCUGAGCGUGCUGCAGCGCGAGCCCGAGCACGAGCGGCCGCACAACGUGCCCGGCUUCUACACCGCCGCGCCCGCGCCCGCCGCCGCGCCCGCCGCCGCCGCCGCCACCGCGGCCGCCACCAUGCACACCUCGCUGCACCGCACUAUCCCGCGUAUCGCGACUGCAGCAGAGAUGAGCGCGCUAGAGGCGACGCUGGGCUUCUCCCGCGCGGAUCGUUCGCUGCACUCGGAGAUCCGGCGCUCGUUCCACAAGCCCACCGAGCGGCACGACACCGGCCGCAGCAUGCCGCGCAAUCUUAACAUCGCCUCCGCCGCCUGCCUCGCUUCUGCGUCGGCUUCCGCUUCCGCCUCCGCCUCAGCGGACUCCACUCUGGACGAUAGGGUGUGCCGCGCGCGCGCCCACAGCGAGGAAUACAACGUGGGCGGCGAGCCGCGGCCGGCCGCCAAGCCCGCCAGGCCGCCGCCCGCGCCCGCCGCCGCGCCCGCGCCCGCCUCCGCCUCCGCCUCCGCCUCCGCCUCCGCUGCCGCGCCCGCGCCCGCGCCCGCCGCGCCUGCCGCGCCCGCGCCCACCACGCUGCCGCUCACCGUCGAUAAGCCGUCGUGCGUGUGCAGCUACGAGGGCCCGAGCGCGGGCGGCGGCGAGGACGCGGACGAUUACCGCAACGAGUGCGAGAACUGCAAGGCCGCCAGCAGCUCCAGGCACAUAUUACAUUUUGUGGGCCCCGGAGGCGGCGUGGGAGGCGGGCGCGGCGGACGCGGGCGGCACGCAGACGCUGCAGCGCCGCGCGCCGCCCGCCGGCCCGCCGCCGCCCGCCACCGCCACGCUGCCGCAGCCCGUCACCAAGCAGAGUCGAACUGUCAUGGGCCCGCCAUCCAACUGGGAGAAUUGGUUCAACACUAUUCCAGAUUCGGACACAGAGUCUGAAGAAGAGUAACGCCCCACCGAACACGUGAGUGUAACACAUAUGAUGAUGCGUUCAGAUAUUACUAACGGAUAUUUCAAGGUCACGAUACCAGGGUCAAUGUAAACAUUGCUCAUUAGCUGUUUCAACUGAUUUUCAUAUAAUUUGAAUUGACAUAUAAAAUUCUAAUUUUAAUAAUAGAUUAUUAUCGUGACUUUUAUUUUUAUUUAUUUGCAUGAUAUUAAAUUGAGAACAGUUGUCUUCCUAUCUUCAGAUAAAUUUUAUACUGUGACGCCAUUAUUUUUGUACUAUACGCCAUUCCAAAAAAACUGUGUAUAACUUAAAACAUCACAAUCCAGUGAUAAUGUUUAAUGCUUUAAUUUUUUUUAUAUUUUUAUUACACAUAUGAUGUGUUUUGUUUUGUCUAUGUACGUAAUAUAUUUUGAUAGAUUUAUUUUGCACUCUAUUGAGUUUAUUAUACAGAUUGUAAACCAAAGAAUAUUAUGUUGUAUUCCAAAUGCACGUUGUUGUUUUAAUUAUUGUUUUAAACGUAAACAUUAUUUAUUAUUAAUAUAUUUAUUAAUUUGGGUGUUUUGCCUAUAAUUAGUUUUUGUUGGGAACAUAUUGUAUGGGUACUCAUACAUAUUGCUUUAUAUAAUAAGUGCGUAGUUUUAAGCAGAUUUUAUUGUAGUGUUAAAAAUGUCAUUUCAAAAAAAUUGAUGUUAAUAUUAUCCAGUUCAAACAUAACUCGACGCUCUCUAGAUAAAUUAAUUGACGUUUGUAGUUUUAAAAAGGAAAUAUGGUGCCAAAUGGGAACUGAAUACAAGGAUAGUUCAGGAAUGAGAGUGGUGGUAAUUCUACUUUUACAAUGUGUAGGUAGAUAGAUAAACACAAUACAUACAUGUCUGAUAUUAACUCAAGUCUAUUCAUAUAAGAAAUUGACCUGUUACUGCCAUAGAAUAAAAUUUGUUUUUAUUUCAAAGGUGAUCUUUUAUUGCUCUAAAAAUGGGAAGGAGAUCAGAAUCAAAGAGAGAAAUUAAUUACAAUGACGAAAUAUUUAAUUAUUCAUCUGGUAUAUAUUCUAGAAUAUUAUAUUAUUAAGUCUUGCAUUCUAUUAUUAUUGGAGUUUUUUUCACAUGAAUUGAAUGAAGUUUCUACUUAACGAUCUUCUUACUGAGAAAUUGUUAAAUAUAUUUUGAAAUUACAAAUUACCGACUAAUCUAUUUUUGUCUAAGAUAGUCUAGUUAAGUUUAGCUAUGUAAGAAAUGUUUAGAAAUUUAGUGAAUAAAUAACAAUAUCAGAAUGUAAAAAAAUAUUUUUCUCCCUCUCAAAUAACUGUUAGGUAUGAUUAAAUUAUAUUCCUUUUGUGAAAAAGAUCUCUUCACUAGGCAGCUCGAAAUGGAAGUAAAUUAUAGGAUUUUAAGUCUGACUUUUCAGGGUUGUAAGCAUUAACGAUUAUAAUUAUAUGUAUAAAUAAUUUAUAAUUGAAAAGUAUAAAAUCUAAAAUAUAGCAUAUUUCAAACAUAUUGACGAUUUAAAAAUUAAUGAAGAUAAAUAUUUUUGUCGAUUAUCAGACGAGUUCUACCCACCAUUAACUAAUGUUUUAAAGCUACUACUGUCUAUAUGUUCUAACUUUUUAAUAAAUUUAUAUUUGGAGAUGUGAGCGGAGAAAAUAAAGCCUAUGGUCUGUUGCAUUAUUGUGUUUUGACACAAAAUGUGUAAUAAAUAGAAACCAAUGAGUCUUCAGUAAUAUUUAUUUAGGAGUAUAUUAAAUAGGCAAUUUCUAACUACAAUAUAUAAUAAACACAUAUUUAUUCGCAGACUAUAUUCACCGUACUUGCCGAUAUUUGUGUCUCAUUGUUGUUGCAGAAAAUUAAUGUAAUAAAUGAAAUAUGGGAAAAUGUUACUUGUGUGUGUAGACAUGAUCAGUAUUAUAGAUAUUUCCGAACCAAAUAACUAAGUGAAAUCAUUGAAUUAAACGAGUUAAUUGAAAUUUAAA